AUGCCUGCUACAAGAAGUCCAAGUCCAGAUCAAGAAUCUGAAAAAGAUGUGAGUUUUUUCUCAAAACAAAACGAUUUUCAUCCGAAAUUACCUAACUUUUCAGGCUCAAAGCAUUCAACAAAGAUCAUCUACAAGCUCGGAAGCUGAAAAAAAUUCGGCAGAGGUCAAAAAUGUGUCAUUGAAACGUCCGAAAAUGGAGGAAAUGUGUGGACCAAUGACAAUUAAAAAUGGAAAAGUUGAAGAAUCAUUGGAUCCGAAAAAAGAUCGAAAAAUUGAACGAGAAAAUAUCGAAGGAAUAAAUGAGGAUGAUGUGGAAUUUGGGAGAGAAGAAAAUCAGAAGGAGACGGAAGGAGAGGGAUUUGAUGUAAGUCUGGAACACUUUGAGAAAUUGGUAGAUUUUCAGUAAAUACAAACUGUUUCAGCCAAAUGCUCCAAGUUCAAGCACAGCUCAACAAGUUCCAAACGUGGUAAAGUUAUUCCAUUUAAAAUUAAAUUUUUAACAUUUUAAUCUUUGAAAAUCUUUCAGCCUGAUAGUUAUAAAUAUGAUCCCGAAAUGGCAAAAGUGACAGGAGUAUCUUCGAAAGAAAAUACAACUAGCAAGGAGGUUAGUUCAAAAAAUUUUCUAAAAAAAAAUAAUCAAGAUGUCUAAUUUUAGAGAACAAAUCGUCGCCAGUCGAGUGUUUACAAAAAUAUACCACGAGAAAAUCAACAAAUACCAUUGAAUAAAUCACAGCCGCUUCAAAGACCUGCGGCACCCAUCAGUCCAGCAACGUUAGUUUUCAAAACGAAUAGAAAUAUUCAACUUUUUUUUCAUACAGCAUACCGGAAUCUGACAGUUGGCGUUUAUGCAAAUUAUUAAAGUGUUGGGACAGAAGUCCGAGAAGAAGUCAAAGUCGAACAAGUCAAGUUGUCCCACAUCCACGCAAUCCUCUCUAA